GUCUUAGAUUGUGUCCAUUUCUGGAGGAACAUAAGGAAGAUAUACUUUGCGGUCCAGUAUGGUUGGCUACUGGACUGGAUUUAUCAGGACAUGCUGGAAUGUUGACACUAACAAGUCCAAAGCUUGUUAAAGGCAUGGCUGGUGGCAAGUACCGCUCAUUUUUAAUUCAUGUUAAAGCAGUGAAUGACAGAGGAACAGAAGAAAUCUGCAAUGGUGGCAUUAGACCAGUUGUUAGAAUACCAUCUCUAAAACCUCAGACUAACAAGGGUCAUUCCCUUGCUUCAUUGUUGGCAAAAGUUGCAGCAGGCAAGGAAAAGCCAUCUAGCAAAAUUGAAGCCACUAAUUCUUCAAGAAAAUCAGAUAAUCUGAGAGGCUGUGACUUACUUCAAGAAGUCUCUGUAACGAUUCGAAGAUUUAAAAAAACUUCCAUUUCAAAAGAAAGAGUUCAACGGUGUGCCAUGUUACAGUUUUCAGAGUUCCAUGAGAAGCUGCUCACCACUCUUUGCAAGAAGACAGAUGAUGGUGUGACUACAGAACAUGCUCAGAGUCUUGUACUAGAUACGCUUUGUUGGCUGGCCGGAGUGUAUUCAAAUGGACCUGGCAGCUCAAAGGAAGGAAAUGACAGCUUGCUUUCUAAAACACGUAAAUGUGUCUCUGAUAUAAUACGUGUUUGCUUCUUUGAAGCUGGGCGGAGCAUAGCUCACAAAUGUGCACGGUUUCUUGCACUAUGCAUCAGCAAUGGCAGGUGUGACCCAAGUCAGCAGGGGUUUGGAUCAGUUCUUCUACAAGCUUUGCUUGACAAUAUGCCUCUUUUGCCUGCUGCUGCAACAGGUGGAUCUGUGUAUUGGUAUUUUGUAUUGCUGAACUAUGUAAAGGAUGAAGAUUUGGCAGGAUGUAGUACAGCUUGUGCAUCACUGCUUACUGCUGUGUCCCGACAGUUGCAGGAUCGCCUAACACCUAUGGAAGCAUUACUUCAAACAAGAUAUGGAUUAUAUAGUUCACCUUUUGAUCCAGUUCUGUUUGAUUUGGAAAUAAGUGGCUCUUCUUGUAAAAAUGUAUACAACAGCAGCAUUGGAGUACAGUCUGAUGAAAUUGAUUUGUCUGAUGUUCUAUCAGGAAAUGGGAAAAUAAGUAGCUGUGCAGCUGCUGAAGGUAGUUUUACUUCCCUUACUGGACUUCUGGAAGUUGAACCUCUGCACUUUACCUGUGUUUCAACAAGUGAUGGAACUAGAAUAGAAAGGGACGAUGCAAGUACGUUUACUGUGAGUACCUUUGGGGUUACCCCAGCAGUUGGUGGCCUCUCUUCUGGAACGGUUGGGGAAGCCUCGACAGCACUGAGUUCAGCAGCCCAGGUAGCUUUGCAGUCUCUCUCUCAUGCAAUGGCCUCAGCCGAGCAACAGCUCCAGGUGCUGCAAGAGAAACAGCAGCAGCUUUUGAAGCUUCAGCAACAGAAAGCUAAGCUGGAAGCAAAACUGCAUCAGACAACAGCAGCGGCGGCAGCAGCAGCAUCAGCAGUUGGUCCUGUUCACAACUCUGUGCCUUCUAAUCCAGUAGCAGCCCCAGGGUUCUUCAUCCAUCCUUCAGAUGUCAUUCCACCCACACCAAAAACAACUCCUCUAUUCAUGACUCCACCUUUGACUCCACCUAAUGAGGCAGUUUCUGCUGUUAUUAAUGCAGAACUUGCUCAGCUUUUCCCUGGUUCAGUCAUUGAUCCCCCAACAGUUAACCUUGCAGCGCAUAACAAAAAUACAAGCAAGUCUAGAACGAAUCCACUUGGAUCUGGUCUUGCUCUUGCAAUAUCUCACGCUUCACAUUUUCUUCAACCUCCACCUCAUCAGUCAAUUAUUAUAGAGCGAAUGCACUCAGGAGCACGAAGAUUUGUGACCUUAGAUUUUGGAAGACCUAUAUUGCUGACAGAUGUAUUGAUUCCCACUUGUGGAGAUUUAGCUUCUUUGUCAAUUGACAUCUGGACUUUAGGAGAAGAAGUGGAUGGAAGACGACUGGUAGUGGCUACUGACAUUAGCACACAUUCACUUAUUUUACAUGACUUGCUGCCACCUCCAGUUUGCAGGUUUAUGAAGAUCACUGUUAUUGGUCGAUAUGGUAGCACAAAUGCCAGAGCAAAAAUCCCAUUAGGAUUUUAUUAUGGCCAUACCUAUAUCUUACCCUUUGAAAAUGAGCUGAAACUAAUGCACGAUCCCCUCAGAGGAGAAGGUGAAGCUGCAAAUCAGCCAGAAAUUGACCAACAUUUGGCAAUGAUGGUUGCGUUGCAAGAAGACAUACAGUGCAGGUACAAUUUGGCCUGUCAUCGGUUAGAAAUCCUUCUGCAGAGUAUUGACCUGCCACCACUCAAUAGUGCUAACAAUGCCCAGUACUUUUUACGAAAGCCAGACAAGGCAGUAGAAGAAGAUAGCAGAGUCUUUUCUGCUUACCAGGACUGCAUUCAGCUACAGCUUCAACUCAACUUGGCUCACCAUGCUGUUCAGAGGCUCAAAGUAGCUUUAGGUGCAAGCAGGAAAACACUGAAGGAGCAAUCUGAUCCAAAAGAUUUGAUUCAGAUGUCAUCCACAGAACAGUUACGCACCAUCAUUAGAUACUUACUGGAUACUUUGCUUAGUUUGCUUCAUUCUUCCAAUGGGCACUCUGUUCCUGUGGUUCUGCAAAGUACUUUUCAUGCUCAAGCUUGUGAAGAAUUAUUUAAACACCUGUGUAUCAGUGGAACCCCAAAGAUACGAUUGCAUACUGGCCUUCUGCUUGUUCAGCUCUGUGGAGGAGAAAGAUGGUGGGGUCAGUUUCUCUCAAACGUACUGCAGGAAUUAUACAAUUCAGAGCAACUUCUCAUAUUCCCACAAGACAGGGUCUUCAUGUUGCUUUCUUGCAUUGGCCAAAGAUCGCUUAGCAACAGUGGUGUUUUAGAAAGUUUGCUUAAUCUCCUGGAUAACCUGCUGUCACCACUGCAACCUCAUUUACCUGUGCACAGAAGAACUGAAGGAGUUUUAGACAUUCCCAUGAUCAGCUGGGUUGUAAUGCUGGUGUCCAGACUACUGGAUUACGUAGCUACUGCUGAAGAUGAAGCAGCCACAGCCAAGAAACCUCUGAAUGGAAAAGAGAGGGAACGAUUUUUGACAGGAAACCAGUGGAGUUUUAUAAACAAUAGCCUUCAUACUCAGAGUCUGAGCAGAUCUACUAAAGGCAAUAGUAGCCUAGAUAGACUGUAUUCCCGAAAGAUCAGAAAGCAGCUCGUGCAUCAUAAACAGCAACUUAACUUAUUAAAAGCAAAACAGAAGGCUUUGGUGGAACAGAUGGAAAAAGAGAAAAUACAAAGCAACAAAGGAUCAUCAUACAAACUUUUAGUAGAACAGGCAAAACUAAAGCAGGCUACUUCAAAGCACUUCAAGGACUUAAUACGCUUACGUCGGACUGCGGAAUGGCCUCGUUCUACUUUAGAUACAGAAGUAUCAGCAACAAAGGAAACUCCAGAAAUUGAACCACUUCCAUUUACACUGGCACAUGAACGUUGUAUUUCUGUAGUGCAGAAGCUGGCACUCUUUCUCUUGUCCAUGGACUUUACUUGUCAUGCGGAUUUACUUCUAUUUGUUUGUAAGGUUCUUGCCAGAAUUGCAAAUGCUACAAGACCAACAAUUCAUUUAUGUGAGAUUGUAAAUGAGACUCAGUUGGAAAGAUUAUUGCUGCUUCUUGUUGGAACUGACUUUAACAGAGGAGACAUCUCUUGGGGAGGAGCAUGGGCUCAGUAUUCUCUGACUUGUAUGCUGCAGGAUAUUCUAGCAGGAGAGUUGUUGGCACCUAUAGCAGCUGAAGCUAUGGAAGAAAGUGCUUUGGGAGAAGAUGCUGGAGCUUCGGCUGGGGAUUCUGAUGACUCUCUCCAGCAGUCCACAGUUCAGUUAGUGGAAACAAUAGAUGAGCCUUUGACACACGACAUCACAGGUGCUCCACCUCUGUCAUCUUUAGAAAAAGAUAAGGACAUUGACCUUGAAUUACUGCAAGACCUAAUGGAAGUUGAUAUUGAUCCUUUGGAUAUUGAUUUGGAAAAAGAUCCUCUUGCAGCCAAAGUCUUCAAGCCUAUAAGCAGCACCUGGUACGAUUACUGGGGUGCUGAUUAUGGCACCUACAACUACAAUCCUUACAUUGGAGGCGUUGGAAUUCCAGUUGCAAAACCACCGGUAACUACAGAGAAAAAUGGAUCACAAACUGUGAGCGUAUCAGUCUCUCAAGCUUUAGAUGCACGUCUAGAAGUUGGACUUGAACAGCAGGCUGAGCUGAUGCUGAAAAUGAUGUCCACCUUGGAGGCUGAUUCCAUUCUACAAGCAUUAACAAACACAUCUCCUACAUUAACCCAAUCUCCUAGUGGAACAGAUGAUUCAUUGUUAAGAGGAUUACAUGCUGCUAACCAAAAUACCCAGCUGAUUGUACAGUUGUCAUCUAUACCUAUGCUGAGUGCAUGCUUCAACAAACUCUUUUCCAUGCUACAAGUCCACCAUGUUCAGCUUGAAUCCCUUUUACAGUUAUGGCUCACAUUAAGCCUAAAUUCCAGCUCCUCUGGAAGUAAAGAUAGUGGCGCUGAUAUUUUCCUUUAUAACGCUAACCGAAUACCUGUCAUUUCCUUGAACCAAGCUUCAGUAACUAGUUUCCUGUCAGUUCUGGCAUGGUAUCCUAAUACCUUACUCCGGACAUGGUGCCUUGUGCUUCAUAGCCUAACUCUCAUGACGAAUAUGCAGCUUAAUGCUGGUCCAAGCAGUGCCAUUGGAGCUCAGGAAAGUACUGCCCAAUUGUUGGUGUCAGAUUCAAACCUCAUUCAUGUGUUAGUGAAAUUUCUUUCCGGCACUAAUCCUCAUGGAACAAAUCAACACAGUCCACAGGUUGGGCCAACAGCGACACAAGCUAUGCAAGAAUUUCUUACUCGGUUACAAGUGCACCUUUCUUCAACUUGUCCUCAGAUGUUCAGUGAAUUUUUAUUGAAGUUAAUACAUAUACUUUCAACAGAAAGGGGUGCUUUCCAGACGGGCCAGGGACCCUUGGAUGCACAAGUGAAACUCUUGGAAUUUACACUGGAACAGAAUUUUGAAGUUGUAUCAGUUAGCACUAUUUCUGCAGUAAUUGAGUCUAUAACCUUCCUUGUCCAUCAUUACAUUACGUGUUCGGACAAAGUGAUGUCUCGCAGCGGCUCAGACAGCUCUGUGGGUGCUCGAGCGUGUUUUGGAGGGCUUUUUGCCAAUAUUAUCCGUCCAGGUGAUGCCAAAGCAGUUUGUGGAGAAAUGACAAGGGAUCAACUUAUGUUUGAUCUGUUAAAGCUGGUCAACAUUUUAGUUCAACUGCCGCUUUCCAGUAACCGAGAAUAUAGUGCCCGUGUUCCAGUAGCAAGCAGUACUACAGACAGCGUGUCUGAUGAAGAAAAGGUUUCAGGAGGCAAAGAUGGCAAUGGAAACAAUGCUAAUACUCAAGGAUCAACUGCAUAUGUGGCAGACUUGGUGUUAGCCAACCAGCAAAUUAUGAGCCAGAUUUUGUCUGCGCUUGGCCAGUGUAACAGCAGCGCUAUGGCAAUGAUUAUUGGUGCAAGUGGCUUACAUCUCACUAAGCACGAAAACUUUCACGGUGGCUUGGAUGCAAUAUCAGUUGGCGAUGGGUUGUUCACUAUCCUGACAACACUUAGUAAAAAAGCAACAACAGUGCAAGUCAUGCUUCAGCCAAUUCUUACCUACAUGGCCUGUGGGUACAUGGGAAGACAGGGUUCUCUCGCCACUUGUCAGUUAUCUGAGCCACUGCUCUGGUUCAUUUUACGAGUGUUGGAUACAAGUGAGGCACUGAAGGCUUUCCAUGAUAUGGGUGGUGUUCAGCUUAUUUGUAACAACAUGGUAACAAGCACAAGAGCUAUUGUUAACACAGCGAGAAGUAUGGUUUCGACUAUUAUGAAAUUUCUUGACUCUGGUCCCACCAAAGCAACAGACAGCAGUUUGAAAGCUAGGGUGCUAGCUUCUGAGCCUGAUAACGCAGAAGGAAUUCACAAUUUUGCGCCUUUGGGUUCCAUCACCUCAAGCAGUCCCACUGCCCAGCCAGCUGAAGUGCUGUUACAGGCUACUCCUCCCCACAGAAGAGCUCGCUCUGCUGCAUGGUCAUACAUAUUUUUACCUGAGGAAGCUUGGUGUGACCUCACAAUCCACCUUCCUGCAGCCGUGCUGCUCAAGGAGAUCCACAUCCAGCCUCACCUGGCCUCUCUGGCGACUUGCCCUUCAUCAGUAUCUGUUGAAAUAAGUGCAGAUGGUGUCAAUAUGUUACCUUUGUCAACUCCCGUUAUCACAAGCGGUCUCACAUAUAUAAAAAUCCAGCUGGUAAAAGCUGAAGUUGCCUCAGCUGUCUGCCUCCGUCUCCAUCGUCCUCGGGAUGCCAGUACACUAGGCCUCUCUCAAAUCAAACUGUUAGGCCUCACCGCCUUCGGAAACACCUCAUCUGCCACCGUCAAUAAUCCAUUCCUUCCCUCUGAGGAUCAGGUCUCUAAAACAAGUAUUGGAUGGUUAAGAUUAUUACACCACUGCCUCACUCACAUAAGUGAUUUAGAAGGAAUGAUGGCUAGUGCUGCAGCACCCACUGCUAAUCUGUUGCAGACAUGUGCUGCUUUACUCAUGUCACCUUACUGUGGUAUGCAUUCUCCCAACAUUGAGGCUGUGCUUGUAAAAAUUGGGCUUCAGUCCACCAGAAUAGGCCUAAAAUUGAUUGACAUUCUUCUAAGAAACUGCUCGGCAUCAGGGAGCGAUCCUGCAGAUCUGAAUAGCCCUUUACUGUUUGGAAGAUUAAAUGGUCUCUCUUCUGACUCCACAAUAGACAUUCUUUAUCAGCUUGGAACAACUCAAGACCCUGGAACAAAAGAUAGAAUUCAAGCAUUGCUGAAAUGGGUCAGCGAUUCCGCAAGAGUUGCAGCUAUGAAAAAAAGUGGCCGGGUCAGCUACAUUUGUCCAAAUAGCUCAACGAGAGAGUAUGGUCUUCUGAUGCCAUCUCCUUCCCAUUUGCAUUGUGUAGCAGCGAUUUUGUGGCAUAGUUAUGAAUUGCUUGUUGAAUAUGAUUUACCAGCGUUGCUGGACAGAGAGCUCUUUGAGUCACUGUUUAACUGGUCCAUGUCUCUUCCCUGCAACAUGGUUUUGAAGAAAGCUGUUGAUAGUUUGCUUUGCUCAAUGUGCCACAUCCACCCAAAUUAUUUUUCCUUGCUCAUGGGAUGGAUGGGUAUCACUCCUCCUCCAAUGCAGUGUCAACACAGACUGUCCAUGACUGAUGACAGCAAAAAGCAGGACCUUAGUUCAUCUUUAACAGAUGACUCUAAAAACGCACAAGCUCCUCUUGCACUAACAGAGUCUCACCUGGCUACUCUUGCUGCCUCAUCUCAGUCUCCUGAAGCUAUCAAGCAAUUACUGGACUCAGGUUUGCCUUCACUGCUUGUAAGAAGUCUUGCUAGUUUUUGCUUUAACCAUACUUCUAGCUCUGACUGCACUGCACAAUCAACGGAUAUCACCCAGGACAGGCUCAGGAGGCAUCAUGUUCCACAGCACUUUAAUAAAAUGCCUAUCACGGCAGACCUGGUUGCUCCUGUUCUCAGGUUUUUGACAGAAGUUGGCAACAGCCACAUGAUGAAGGAUUGGUUGGGUGGCUCUGAAGUCAAUCCACUGUGGACAGCACUUUUAUUUCUGUUGUGCCAUUCUGGUGCUACUUCUGGAGGACACAAUGUGACGGCACAACAGACCAGUGCAAGAUCUAGCUUGCUUUCUUCAACUGUAACAACAGGGUUGACCACUCAGCAGCGGACAGCAAUUGAAAAUGCAACGGUUGCUUUCUUCUUACAAUGCAUUUCUUGCCAUCCUAAUAACCAGAGACUCAUGGCACAGGUUCUCUGUGAAUUGUUCCAGGCCUCUCCUCAGCGUGGGAACCUCCCAACCUCUGGAAAUAUUUCAGGAUUUAUUAGGAGGCUUUUUUUGCAGCUAAUGCUAGAAGAUGAAAAAGUGACUUUGUUUCUUCAAUCUCCAUGUCCACUGUACAAAGGUAGAAUUAAUGCUACUAGUCAUGUAAUUCAACAUCCAAUGUAUGGAGCUGGACACAAAUUUCGUACUCUUCACUUGCCUGUCUCAACAACUCUGGCAGAGGUUCUUGAUCGUGUGUCAGAUACACCCAGUAUUACGGCUAAGCUAAUUAACGAACAGAAGGAAGAUAAAGAAAAAAAGAACUAUGAAGAGAAAGAAAAAGUCAAAGCAGAAAAUGGAUUUCAGGACAAUUAUAGUGUUGUUGUUGCUUCUGGUUUGAAAUCUCAGUCAAAAAGAGCUGUUUCAUCCACCCCUCCACGUCCACCAUCAAGGCGAGGAAGAGUGAUGGCGGAUAAAGUAGGUACCUCUUCCUCAGGAGGAGAAUCUUCCAGCAAGACCAUUAGUGUUCCAGUCUUUCAUCUAUACCAUAAACUUCUACCAGGCCAACCGUUACCAGCUGAAAUGACACUUGCCCAGCUUCUGACUCUGCUGUAUGACCGUAAGCUCCCUCAAGGAUACCGAUCAAUAGACUUGACAGUUAAGCUUGGUUCCAAAGUCAUCUCAGAUCCAAGCUUAUCAAAAACAGACUCCUUUAAACGUCUUCACACAGAAAAAGAACAUACAGAUUUACUGGGACCUUGCCCUGAAGAUGAAGCAAUCAGUCCUGGGGAUGAGUGCAUGGAUGCAGUUCUAGAUGAAUCGCUUCUUGAAACCUGUCCCAUUCAGUCUCCGCUGCAAGUUUUUGCAGGAAUGGGUGGAUUAGCCCUAAUUGCAGAGAGACUCCCUAUGCUUUAUCCUGAUGUAAUUCAGCAAGUGAGCACUCCGGUGGUUACAUCAACCACGCAGGAAAAGCAGAAGGACAGUGAUCAAUUUGAAUGGGUUACCAUUGAACAAUCAGGGGAAUUGGUGUAUGAAGCACCAGAAACAAUUGCUGCAGAACCUCCACCGAUCAAGUCAACAGUUCAGACUAUGUCUCCCAUACCCGCGCAUUCUUUGGCUGCCUUUGGUUUAUUUCUUCGUCUCCCGGGCUAUGCUGAGGUGCUGCUAAAAGAACGGAAACAUGCUCAGUGUCUGUUGAGAUUGGUGUUGGGAGUUACAGAUGAUGGUGAAGGAAGUCAUAUCCUGCAGUCUCCUUCAGCAAACGUACUUCCAACUCUGCCCUUCCAUGUGUUGCGUAGUUUGUUCAGCACUACACCUUUGACAACUGAUGAUGGAGUGCUGCUUAGACGGAUGGCACUGGAGAUUGGGGCUAUACAUCUUAUCCUUGCUUGUCUGUCUGCUCUAAGCCACCAUGCACCAAGAGUGCCCAACUCUAGUCCCAACCAGGCAGAGCCACAGGUGUCAAGUACACACAACAGCGCAUCAACAGAAGAACAGCAGUUGUACUGGGCUAAGGGUACAGGCUUUGGAACAGGCUCCACAGCUUCAGGAUGGGAUGUUGAACAAGCUUUGACUAAGCAAAGGUUAGAAGAAGAGCACGUGACCUGCCUUCUACAGGUUCUUGCCAGUUACAUAAAUCCUGCAGGGAGUACAUCAAAUGGAGAGACCCAAACUAGCCAUGAGGGGAGAGGACAAAACAGCAGUGCUCUUCCAUCCGUUCUCCUGGAGCUACUCAGUCAAUCUUGCCUCAUCCCAGCAAUGUCAUCAUACCUCCGCAAUGAUUCAGGUUCUCGUAACCUCUCAUUUUAA